AUGUCCUCCCAGUUUCUGCAGGCGGAACUUUUGAAUCUUAUUCAGGAGUCUAAGAGAAGAAACUCCGACCUGCGAAAUUCGGCCGAAGAGUCUCUCAAUGAACUAAAGAGCUUACCGUCUACUUCGGAGGCUCAGAUCUCCGCUGACCUGGUGCGCAAACCGAAGUUCGUCGACCCAUUUAUUUUGGCCUGUCAUUCUCGCCAUGCGAAGCUAUCGGGAAUCGGAGUUGUCUGCCUUCAGAGGUUGGUGGCAUCCCGGUCAUUACCUUCCCAGAGACUGGAAGACGUCCUCGGCGGAUUGAAAGAAACGACAAAUCUGAGUCUGGACAUCCAAUUGAAGAUUCUACAAACUCUUCCUUCAUUGUUGCAACAUUAUUCUAAUGAUCUUGGCGGUGAGCUGUUGGUGAGUAUGUUGGAAAUAUGCGCCACCCUACAGGCGAGCAAAACACUUGCGCUUUCCAGUACAGCUGCAGCCACACUCCAACAGCUGGUGGUGUCAACGUUUGAGCGAGUCUCUGAGGAAGACAAAACCCUAGACGAGUCUAAGCCAACGGUGACCAUCAAAGUUGAUGGGAAUCACACUAAAAUUGGGUACUUUGCGUACGAUGCUUUACGGGUUUUGGAUGAUCUCUGCUGCGUUGUUGAUGGCGAACAACUUCAUUUCUUGCGCAUCAAGUCACUUUCCCCAGCCUUCACCCUGGAACUAAUCGAGAACGUCUUACUUAACUCUGGUAGCCUUUUUAUUGGCCAUACGGAACUCGCCCAUGUGUUGCGAGUUCGGCUUAUGCCAAUGAUCAUAAGAUUCUUAUCCGAAAGGCAUAACUUUGCUCUGACUGUCCGUGUUUCGCGGAUUCUUCUCCUGCUUCUCAAGCGCCAUAUGUCUCUUCUCACAUCAGAGUGUGAAAUGGCAUUGAGUCUUUUAACACAUUUGCUUGAACCUGAUAGUACAUUGCCUUGGAAACGAAUCUUGUGUAUGGAAGUGUUCCGAGGAUUGUACGCAGAACCAGGGCUCAUACGGCUCAUUUAUUCUCUUUAUGACGGAGAAGAUGGAAGAAAAAACAGCCUCAAAGAUCACAUGGCCUCGCUUGUUCGUUUAUCAUCCGAGAAACCCUCGUUGAUUGGUGUUAGCAGCCGGUCAACUGUGCCUUUGCGUGCCGAACAUUCAAGAUCUAUUACUGAAGAGCAAAUUACCCUUGAGGCAGGCGGAGUGGCUGGAGUCAUUGGAACAACGGUUACAUCAGCUGAUACCAAUGUGCCGGGCAUCAGUAGCCAAUGGAGUGUUGUUCGCACGCCGUACCUAGAAUUGCUUGACAAAUCGGAACCACCUCAGCCUCCAGAAACUUAUGUUUACGGGCUUGUGCUGAACUGUAUAAGUUCAUUUGCCGAGGAACUUGCUAAAUUCAUCCUUCCGUUGACGGUGCCUGAUCUAAAACAGAAGAGAAAAAGUCAUAUUACAAGUCCUGACCAGGCCACAGACUCUACUCGACGUUCUCAUGACAUCCAGAGGACAAACUCCCACAAGAGCAGUCAUCAAUCAAGUACGAAGAAGGCAACCAUGCCUAUAAAUCCUCUACAACUUGAAUCCCAUCCUCAGUUGGGGGCUAUCAAAACUUGUGCUGGGAUUAUUGAGAAUUGUUGGCCUGCUGUCCUUGCAGCUUGCUCAACUUUUCUCUAUGCGUCACUGGACGAUGAGUUUUACCACAACCUUGUCCGUUCUUUUCAAAAACUAGCCCAUGUGGCAGGUCUUCUGAGAUUGUCAACUCCCAGGGAUGCUUUUCUUACAACGCUGGGAAAAGCAGCCGUACCGGCUGAGACAGGUGCCAUGAAGACUACCGGGCCCAUUGGGAAAGUUUCCUCUCUUCCUCAACCCAGCCAGACAGUAGAUGAAAAGCGGAAAGGGGUGGAAGUGCCACCUUUUGGAUCCCCAGUAUCUGAAGCAUCCGCAACUGCUUUGAACAAGUCCCGUGUAUUUCCCAGCACAAGAAAUCUUUUAUGUUUGCGUGCUUUGCUUAACCUGGGCAUUGCUCUUGGCCCUACCUUAGACCAGCCGGCCUGGUCUAUAAUCCUAGGCACGCUACAAGAUACGGAGUUGCUGAUUGGUAUCGGCUCAACAAAAACGAAUGCCAUAGUAUCUAGCUCUGGUGAAAUUUCGUCUGCCACGGGAGUUGACGUUCCUAGAGCUAACACCGGAAAUGAGAUACUCGCUGUACUCUCAGCGUCUGCUAAGCUAUUUGAAAGCACCAGUGACUAUCCAAGCAGCUCAUUUCAAGAACUGCUAUCUGCAUUGGUGAAUCUCUCUACGACAACUGAGGAACAUGAUGAAAGGGACUCUUCGGUACCAGCAUCAAGUUCCUCCCAGACACCGUAUCAGCGCUCUGGCCGUAUGCGCAGGAAUGCCCGCCGUGUCUCGCUCGCAAUUGGCAAAAAUCAAAUGCAAGAUGAAGAAUUGAGAUUUGUUCUGGAGAAGUCAAACGAGUUGGGCAGAUCAAAUUUGGAAAGGUUGUCAUCUCUGGAUGAGAGCGACAGCAGCGUCUGGCAGCUCUUAUCCGACAGGCUCAUGACGAGCGCGGCUGAUAGAGAAAUAAGCCAAAGUCUUCGACUGCAAGCGAACGAAAUCUUGAAUAGUCUCGUAUCCCAGACUAUGAAACAGAUGCCUGGCGACAGUGACCAAAUGCGAAACGUACGGCAAAAGAGAAACCUCGAGACUCUGAGGCGGCAGAUCGAAUUGCUUUAUGAAAUAGGUGCAUGUCAGCUGGGUUCCCCCUCUGGCAUAAUAAUAGAGAUACAUGCACAAAGCUUGGAGACUUUGAAAAGUAUCUUGGAACAGUAUGGAGAUACUUUUGUCGAUGGCUGGGCUAUCGUCUUCGACCUUAUUUCUAGUGUUUUUGGGGAUAGCCGAACGGGAGAGCGUAAAGAAUCCAUGACUAUUAGCAAAGAUCGCAAGGCUUUCCUAAUAGCAGAUUCGAAUCAACUUAUUCGAAUCUCAUAUAAGUCUCUGCAACUAAUAGCUUCGGAUUUCAUUGCUCUUCUACCGUUGCCGUGUCACUUGGACCUUGUAGAGGCGUUUUCUAAGUUUGCGAUACAGCAGCAAGAUUUCAAUAUCUCACUAACGACGACAUCAUCUUUCUGGAAUGUGUCUGACUUUCUUCAGGGCCAAAUUAAGCAGUUCUCGAUCGAGUCUAGUGUCGAUGUCUCGGUGAGCGAGGAAUCGCUUGUGACUCUUGCUAAGGACAAUGACCCUUCUGUUUCUCGGAACGCUCUCUGGCUCUUGCUGCUAUUACGAAUUGUUGACCUUACAACCGAUAGCAGGUCAGAAAUUAGGAAUUGCGCAGUGCAUACACUUCUAAGGAUUUUUGAUGCAUAUGGUCAACAACUACCACCCAAGGCAUGGUCUCUGUGUCUUAAUCGGGUAAUGUUCCAAAUGAUAGAGGAAAUCGAGACUGAGCUAAACAGUGUUCGUGGUACGGGAAGUAAGGGAGACUCAGAUGAGCUCCAUUCAUGGGUUGAGACAGCGGUUGUUACGAUCAAGGGAAUUUCUGAUCUAAUCACAAAUUUCUUCGAAGCCAUCACUCCAGAUGAAAGGUUCGAUCAAUCAUGGAAACGGCUGCUGGAUCAUUUUCAUGACUUCACUGCUCUAUAUUAUCUAGAGCUUAGUGAAGCCGUAUUCACUAGUUUGACGAACAUCCUUCUUCGAGUGCACUCUCCAAAUACUUUGAGCAAAGAGUCUUUACAAGCUGUAUGGACACUAUGGAUCAAUGGCCAUCCCGCUCAUAGGGAAGAUUUGUUGGACAUGGAUUGCCCAAAUCAAGAUGCUGCAAUAGCUUAUCUACACGCGUUCCAACAGGUGUAUCGCUUAUAUAAGGAUGAGAUGACGGGGUCUCAUGUUGAGAAGAUCCUAAACCAUAUACAGCUUCUUGCGUGGAAUUCUAUCUCUCCACGAUACUCGCCUGAUAUAGAUCGCCCGUCGGGUUUGCAAGCUCUGAUCAUUGACUGCGUGAAGAUGAUUUGCCUUGAUAAAAAUGAUUCUCAAGCAGAAAUCCUGACGUGCCUUGCAAGAUUUGCUGAUUCCGCGUUGACGAAGUGGUCACCGACUCGUGACUCAAGAAUACCUACGUAUGUUGCAUUCUCAAAGAGUGCAAUAGAACUCCUCAGUUGGUAUAUUGCGGACUUUGGGAUUAAGAGGGAGAUAUUUGUCAGCGGUUCCCUCACAACUGCUCUAGAGCAUCUCGUGAACCCGGUUUCUCAGAAGUAUGAAUGGACCGGGAAAGAUCGCGAGCCUUCCUUGUGGAGAAAGUCAACCACUGCAUCGCUGGAUGUUCUUGAAGUCGCAAUUCCAUACGUGGAGAAACAAUAUGAAAAAGCAAAUCAGUCAGAAAUUUCACGUUUCUGGACCGGCAUUGUUGACCUCGCAAACGGCAUAAUUUCUGCCAAAGGUUGUCGAACUGUGGCAGUUCCUCGAGCAAACAUACUUGCGGACGAGUCUUUUGAUGUCGCUGCCUUCCAAAGGCUAAAGACACUUAUUAUUCCGUCCCUUGGAGUACCUAUCAUCCCUGAUGCUAUUCGGCGGGAUUUUGCGUGUGCGCUGCUAUCCUCAUCCUUCAUUUAUCUACCACAACGAUUUGAUCUUCCCAGCAAGUUUCCGGACGGCGAGCCUCUUGAGGAUAUAUACGACCUACGCCCUGGGAGAACCUCUAAUCCGUCACCAACAGCACGGACCAAGAUGGCAUACGCCGCACUGGACACCUUUUUCGAAUUAGCAGCUUCACCUACGCCAGAACAACAAAAGGGCAACGGCUCGGAACAAACACUGGAAAGUGAGACUCGGACAUCUGCACGGAUCUUGCUUGCUCGUUCAAUUUCCCCGUAUCUCAUACUACGGAGUGCUGUGUCGUUGAAAGGGUAUAUUGCAGAUCAACCCCUUCGGGGUCUCAUGCCUCAGCCCACUCCUGCACGCAAGGCGCUCUUGCAUCUUCUUCUAGGCAUGGUAAAUCUACGGAGCGAGCCUUCGGCGAUUCCCCAGCCCACUAUCAACACAGGUACAGCUGUGUCACCCAAGGAAUCGGAUGUGAUCAGCCUUCACGGCCAGAAGAAACAUUUGGAAUGGAUAUACCCCCUCGUCGUACAGGCUAUGCAGGUUGCAGGCAAAGAAAAAGACGAUGGGGAAGUUCUCCAUGCUCUUGGAAAGGUAUUACAUGAGAUUGGAGGUUCUUACUAG